GGCAGGCAGAGGAAGGCAUCUUUGUGAGCUGAGAGAGGAAAGUGCCCUGUGGAGGCCCCGUUGUGGGAGGACAGGCCCCACGGUGUCGCCAGCAUCCGAGGCCCUGUUGGGGGAGGACAGGCCCCGUGGUGUCGCUGAGCAUCGGAGGCCCUGUUGGGGGAGGACAGGCCCCGUGGUGUCGCCGAGCAUUGGAGGCCCUGUUGUGGGAGGACGGGCCCCACGGUGUCGCCAGCAUUGGAGGCCCUGUUGUGGGAGGACGGGCCCCACGGUGUCGCCAGCAUCCGAGGCCCCGUUGGGGGAGGACAGGCCCCGUGGUGUCGCCGAGCGGCGGAGGCCCUGUUGGGGGAGGACAGGCCCCGUGGUGUCGCCGAGCGGCGGAGGCCCCAUUAUGGGAGGACGGGCCCACGGUGUCACCAGCAUAAGUUACCCUGUGAGGCUUUUGCUCAUUUGUUCGGACCGAUGGGAAAUACCUGCUCUUCCCCGGAGAAGCCCACUAACACAGUGGCUGACGUCUGGGAGUGUGGUGAGGGUCGCUUGUGAAGACUGCAGGGAGGCCUGUCUGUCCAGGGCACAGUUCAGCCACAGACACGUGUGGGUGGCCCUGCCCUGCGGCGUCCCCCUCCCGUCCUGUAGCAGGGGCGCGUGCCCUCUGACUCUCAGCCCUCCUGGGAAGGUGCCGUGAGCUCUUGCGCACGGCGCCCGGGCAUCGCCGCGGCCUCACACGGGGCCUGCUGGGCAGGGGACAGACGCGGGCGUCAUAUGCAGAGCCCCAGAAUCCGGGCAGAUGUGAGACGCUAUCCCGUGCCACGCAGGAGGACGCGCUGUAGUGGCACCAGGGGUCCUUUGACGGGUCUUCUCCUGACCACGCAGUUCACCCUUCAGAAACGUAACGUGCGGGUGCUUUGUUCUUGUAAUGUAGUUAGAACAUAGACCUUGAACCCAGACUCAUCAGGACUGCAGUUAGUGGAAAAUGUAGCAGUGACACUUCUGGGCCAUAUUUAAUUUCCUUUCCUGCUGAAAUUAUCCUGCUUUGUUAGGCUUUUAUCUUAACAUUACAACCACCGUCUGGGCUUCCUACUGUACGUGAAGCUUCUGUUUCCCGUGUGGUGUCCACAGCCCCUCGGACUCCGGCACAGACCCUGACACCAACGUGGGAUAGAGGAGAAACGCUCGUCGGGGUGUAAUUUCCCCAGAAGAGUCGGGUCUUCUCCCCACGGAGCUCGCGGCACAUGAGCGGUGGUCCCUGGGCAGGGUGGGCACGUGAAGCGUGUGCCGUGUCGGCGGGGAGCGCUCCGGGACGCCGGGAGGGCGCAGGUGGGAGUCACGGGCGCCGUGUGGUGUCCACGCACCGUCAGCGCGAUACCUGGUGUGGGACGGUGCUGCGGGAUCCGAACCAGACGUCGCCACCGGGAAGGGUCCAGACCACAUGUUCUCACGGGAAGAGUCCAGACGUAGUCACAGGCAAGGGUCCGAGCCAGAUGUUCUCAUAGGGAGGGGUCUGAACCAGAUGUUGUCACGGGGAAGGGAAACCGUUGCUGAGGAGGGUUUUAAGACCGCGGUGCCUGUGUGUGCAGGUUUUUCAAGAACGCAAAACAAAAAGUCAGCCCACGGGUAAAUUAGCCCACAGUGUGGACGCCAAGCACUUGGGGCGCCCACCACCCGCGUCGACAGCGUGUUUGUAGGCGGCAGCGAACAACUGCUGGUGAUUUGAGAGAAGAAUGAGCCACUUAAAGUCAAGUCUGGGCUCUUCCCACUUCCCAGGGCUGGUACUUCCAAGGUCUAAAUGUAAAGGACCCUUUUUAAGUCUGAAUCCAUGAACAGAAAGUCUCAAAUGUGCUGUUGACAAAGGACCCAGUUCCGGAGAUCUCAGUUUGCAUCUGGUGGAGCUGGAGAUAAACGUGCAGGUCCUCAGCACCGGGUGUCUUCUCGAAACGGCGUUCGCGCUCGGACAGCCGCAGUCCGCGUCUGUGACUCGGUGGCUUCAUCACAUCCAGAAUUACGUUCACAAGCCCGUUCCGUGGUACCUCGCAUUAAUUUUACUUUAGUGAGUUUUUAAAUCCAGAAUUUGGAGGCUCGAGAACAGCGUUCAGAAUCAGAGGCCUGUGGACCUGUGUGGUUUUGCAUCAUGAAAUUAACUGUUUGUGUGACUUGGGAAUUUAAUUUAAAAUGUGAAUUUGGGGGAGCCACAUUCUACUCUGCCAAGUAGACUUAUUCCCUUGUGCUCAGGGCGAGAGGUGACACCAUGGUGGUUAGGAGGCCCGACUCAAACCAGACUCCGGGGCUCCCAUUUGUGACCUUUUUGUGAACUAUAAGUGACACGUGACAUUAUAUUAGCGUCAGCUGCACAACGUAACGACCCAGUAUUUGUAGAUACUGUGAGGUGAUGACAGUAGUCGGUCUGGCUGGUAUCCGCCACCACACGGACUUACAGGACUUUCUUUUCUUGUGACGAGGCCUCUUAAGAUCUGCUCUGACAGCGGCUCCCAGUUGCGCACACAGCGUCACUGACCGUGGUCACUGUGCUGCGACACACCCCCGGGGCUGACGUACUUUGUAGCUGGGCUGGUGUCGUGACUCUGGACCGUUGUGUAAGUUGCUCGUGCCUCACUGCGUCUCGUAAAGCUGAAGACUUAAGUGAGGUGCUACAGGUAGAGCCUGAGAACAGCCAGUGCUCCUCGUAAGGAGGUGGUGACCUUGAGGACCGCAGGGCUGAGAAUCACCCGGGGCGGUGCUCCCUUGAAGCGUAAUAUGUUGUAUUUUGAUUUCCUUGUUAAAAUGUAAUUUGAAGUCAGUCCCCCCAGAAGGCCAGACCCAUGGGGUCGAGUGGUGGGAAUGUGAACAUGAGCGAACGGCGUCUUCCUUCAGAGCGACGUUUGCAGCCGCCAGCUUCGUGAAACCACUGGCCUGGUUUUGAGGAAAUAACCCACAAAUACCUGAGUAAGGAGCCAGAAAUAGCCAUCGGCAAGGCCAAGGGAGCUAACAUUGUUCAGGAUUUGAGGGUAACUGUCCAUAAGUGAAAUGCUUCUUUUUUCUCUCUUGCCAACCUCAAGUUCAACCUCAAGUUGGCAAGAUACGUCUUGAAUUUUAGAAAAUGCCAUUCAGUCAACUUCUGUUGAGCACAGAGUUCACAUGAGACCUGCAGAUGUCAGGUCGGGGAGGCCCAGGGUCCUACGGAAGGGAGGGACGCCUGGAGGACAUGGCUCUGGUGGCAGUUUGGUGACAGGAGGGGAGACGGAGGCCAGGCUGCCACGGCUACACGAUGAAGAGAGGGCACUGAUCCUACACUAACUGAGUGAAGAAAAUGCACAUCUCGCCUUCGUGGGGCUCAGUCUGACACACUCAUUAUAGUUUUCACUGGAAGGACAGCAGCAGGUGUGUGGGGAGGUCUGGGGUUGGUUAUUAUUUUUUUAACGUUUAUUUAUUUUUGAGAGACAGAGAGACACAGAGCAUGAGCAGGGGAGGGGCAGAGAGAGAGGGAGACAUGGAAUCCAAAUUAGGCUCCAGGCUCCAGGCUCUGAGCUGUCGGCACAGAGCCUGACGCGGGGCUCGAACCCACAGACCAUGAGAUCCUGACCUGAGCCGAAGUCGGAUGCUCAACCGACUGUGCCCCCCAGGCGCCCCUGGCUUGGUUAUUCUUGAGACAUGGGUACAUGAGCCUGUUUGUGGGCUGAGCUCUUUUCUAAGAGCUGACAGAGCACAGGACAGAGAGAAACGGGUCUGAGGAGAUGGGGGCUGGGUCCUCUGCCCCCCCACACCUCCUUCCACGCAGGCGUGUGGACCGUAGCUGGUCUCCCGAGGAGCAGAUGGACGUCUGAGGUGCCGUGUGUCUUCUCCCACUGCAUCUGUCCCUGACAUACUCCCGGACCAGGUCUGAACCAGGAGGAUUUCACAGACACUGUCUUCGGCAGGGAGCCCUCUUGCCGCUCCUAAGCGGCCUCCUGUGUCCUCUCUGCUCCGCAGUUAUGCGUCCCUGAUCGCCGACUGGCCCGUCGUGGUCCUGGGCAUGUGUACCGCGUUCAUCGUCGUCUGUGCCCUGGUCGGGGUGUUAGUGCCCGAGCUGCCCGACUUCUCCGACCCACUGCUGGGCUUUGAACCAAGAGGGACUACGAUAGGCCAGAGACUGGUCACGUGGAAUAACAUGGUGAAAAACACGGGAUACAAAGCGACAUUAGCAAACUACCCUUUUAAGUAUGCAGAUGAACAAGCCAAGAGCCACCGGGACGACAGGUGGUCCGAUGAUCACUAUGAACGAGAGAAAAGAGAGGUCGACUGGGACUUCCACAGGGACAGCUUUUUCUGCGACGUUCCGAGUGAGUGGCCUCGCAGGCGACCGGUACUCCAGAGUGGUGUUCACAGCAGCUGGAGGGGAGACCCUGUGGAGUUUACCUGCGAUUAAAUCCAUGUGCAGUAUAGACAAUGCAAGGAUCAGAGCCCACCCGCAGUUCGGGGACCUGUGCCAGAGGACCACGGCCGCGUCCUGCUGCCCCAGCUGGACGCUGGGGAACUACGUCGCCAUCCUCAACAACCGGUCGUCCUGCCAGAACAUCGUGGAGCGAGACGUCGCUCACACCCUGAAGCUGCUGCGGGCCUGCGCCAGGCACUACCACAACGGCACGCUCGGGCCCGACUGCUGGGACGCGGCGGCCAGGAGGAAGGGCCAGCUCAAGUGCACGGGCGUGCCGCGCAAGUGCACCAAGUACAACGCCGUGUACCAGAUCCUGCACUACCUGGUGGACAAAGACUUCGUGGCCCCGAGGGCCGCCGACCCCACCGCGCCCGCGCUGAGGUACAGCAUGCUCUUCUCCCCCACGGAGAAAGGGGAGAGCAUGAUGGACAUCUACCUGGACAACUUCGUGGCCUGGAACGGCUCCGACGGCGUCACCAGCGUGGCCGGCAUCGAGUUCGGCCUCAAGCACAGCCUGUUCCAGGACCACCUCCUGACGGACACGGCGUACCCGGCCAUCGCCGUCCUGCUGGUGCUGCUGGUCAUGUGCGCCUACACGCGGUCCCUGUUCAUCACCCUCAUGACCGUGUUCGCCGUCAUCAGCUCCCUGAUCGUCUCCUACUUCCUGUACCGCGUGGUGUUCAGCUUCGAGUUCUUCCCGUUCAUGAACCUCACCGCGCUCGUCAUCUUGGUCGGAAUUGGCGCCGACGACGCGUUCGUCCUGUGUGACGUCUGGAGCCACGCCAAGGGCGACAAGCCCCACGCGGGGACGGCGGAGACGGUGGGCGUCACCCUGCAGCACGCGGCGCUGUCCAUGUUCGUCACCAGCUUCACCACGGCCGCGGCCUUCUACGCCAACUACGUGAGCAACAUCACCGCCAUCCGGUGCUUCGGCGUGUACGCGGGCACGGCGGUCCUGGUGAACUACGUGCUGAUGGUCACGUGGCUUCCGGCCGUCGUCGUCCUGCACGAGCGGUACCUCCUCAACCUCUUCAGCGGCUUCCGAAAGCCGCAGCAGCAGUACGUCAGCAAGAGCUGCUGGGCGGCGGCUCGCCGGAAGUGCCGCCGGCUGCUGUUCGCCGUCUCCGAAGCCUCGCGAGUGUUCUUCGAGAAGGUGUUGCCGUGCGUGGUCAUCAAGUUUCGCUACGUCUGGCUGUUCUGGUUCCUGGCCCUGACCGUGGGCGGGGCCUACGUCGUGUGCGUGAACCCCAAGAUGAAGCUCCCCUCCCUGGAGCUGAAUGAGUUCCAGCUCUUCAGGGCCUCGCACCCCUUCGAGCGCUACGACGCCGAGUACAAAAAGCUCUUCAUGUUUGAGCGCGUGCACCGCGGGGAGGAGCUGCACAUGCCCAUCACGGUGGUCUGGGGCGUGUCCCCGGAGGACAACGGCGACCCCCUGAACCCCAAGAGCAAAGGGAAGCUGGCCCUGGAUGGCAGCUUUAACAUCGCGAGCCCUGCUUCCCAGGUCUGGAUCUUGCACUUCUGUCAAAAGCUGAGAAACCAGACUUUCUUUCACCAGACGGAUGAGCAGGAUUUCACGAGCUGCUUCAUCGAGACGUUCAAGCAGUGGAUGGAAAACCAGGACUGUGACGAGCCGGCCCUGUACCUCUGCUGCAGGCGCUGGAGUUUCCCCUACAAGCAGGAGAUUUUUGAGCUGUGCAUCAAGAGGGCCAUCAUGGAGCUGGAACGGAGCACGGGGUACCACCUGGACAGCAAGACGCCGGGGCCGAGGUUUGACAUCAACGACACCAUCAGGGCCGUCGUGCUCGAGUUCCAGAGCACCUACCUGUUCACGCUGGCUUACGAGAAGAUGCACCAGUUUUACAAGGAGGUGGACGCGUGGAUCUCCAGGGAGCUGAGCUCGGCUCCCGAGGGCCUCAGCAACGGCUGGUUCGUCAGCAACCUGGAGUUCUACGACCUGCAGGACAGCCUCUCCGACGGCACCCUCAUCGCCAUGGGGCUCUCCGUGGCCGUGGCGUUCAGCGUGAUGCUGCUCACCACCUUGAACGUCUUCAUCAGCCUCUUUGCCAUCGUCUCGAUCACGGGAACCAUAUUUGUCACCGUGGGCUCUCUCGUCCUGCUGGGCUGGGAGCUGAACGUCCUGGAGUCGGUGACCAUCUCCGUGGCGGUCGGCCUGUCUGUGGACUUCGCCGUCCACUACGGGGUCGCUUACCGCCUGGCCCCGGAUGCCGACCGGGAGGGGAAGGUGAUCUUCUCCCUGAGUCGCAUGGGCUCCGCGAUGGCCAUGGCCGCUCUGACCACCUUUGUGGCCGGGGCCAUGAUGAUGCCGUCCACGGUUCUGGCAUACACCCAGCUGGGCACCUUCAUGAUGCUCAUCAUGUGUGUCAGCUGGGCUUUCGCCACCUUCUUCUUCCAGUGCCUGUGCCGCUGCCUCGGGCCCCAGGGUGCCUGCGGUCAGAUUCCUUUACCUGGGAGACUCCAGUGUGGCGCCUUCUCCCACGCCGUGUCCACGAGCCCCGGGGACAAGGGACAAAGCAAAACACACACCGUGAAUGCGUAUCAUUUAGAUCCCAGGGCCCCCAAAUCCGAAAUGGAGCAUGAGUUUUAUGAGUUAGAGCCCCUGGCGUCCCGCAGCGGCAGCGCCUCCGAGGAGACCCACAUCUGCUCCGAGUUUUCCGACGGCCCCGCAAGGAACUUCGGGAUGCCGGUGCGUGCCGCGUACAGCAGAGGCCCCAGGGGCGAUGGCGGCGGUGCCCCGUUCCCGCCCCCUCUCGAGCAGCACGCCGUGUGUCACUUCUUCUCUCUGAGUCAGACAUGCACUUGUCCAGAUGCCUACAGACACCUGACGCCUGGCCCACAUGCCGGCCAGCAGGCGGGUGACGGCCUGUGUCCCCAGUGCGCUGCCCCCGCCGGCAGCCUCGUGCACGUGCAGAAGGGCGCACACCAGGCCCCCGAAGGCUUCAUGUGCACCAUCCCGCACGUCCAUCACUGUCCCUGCCUGCAGGGCGGAGCGAGGCCACCGGGACCGCAGAAUCCUCUGCCCACGAGCUUUGUCCUGCACCCCAUGCAGCACAUUCAGGCCCCAGAGAAGACCCGCACUCACGGUCUCCCGAGCGUGGGGCACGUUUCCCCGACGGUGGGGCCGUCGGCCUGUGUCUGCAGAAGCCCUGGGUCCCCACGAAAAGCGCAUUGUGAUCCUGAGAACAGCCAAAGGGGGCUUGCUAGGAACAGAGACGUCGGGCACGUGGAGGGCGGCGGAGGGGCCAGGAACCAGGGCUCGGGUCCAGGGGGCCAGACGGACAAAACAGACAGGAACACAGGGCUGUGCUUGUCACAGGAUCUGGAACAGUCCGGUCAGAAUGAACCACACUUUGUGUUUAACCGUCUAACGGGGGACGCGCAGCCCGGGUCCUGCCCAGAGGGCGACUCUGCAGACAGUGAGGCCAGUGAGCCCCCUGCGUUCACGCACUCGGAACUUUCUGGUGAAAGUUUGUUGAUAAAAACACUCUAAUAAAUAUAGUGCUAAAUUCAGAA